GUCAGGCCCCUUUCCAGUACAAGCUGGCACACAGCCAAGUGGUACGUCUGCAGCAGCUGCAUGGACUGUUGCUUCUUCUUCUUCUCGUCCAGCGGUGAUAGCUACACAAUCACCGCAACAAACUGUUCCACCGCAGGGACAGUAGUAAGGUCAAUGGUACCCAAUGAAACCACCCCUUGCCUUCUCCGGUGAGAAGAAGGACGAGGAACUCAACACAUGGUUGAGAACAGUUCCAAUGUGGGUAAGGGCAAAGAGGACGUUGCAGGAGGAGGAGGUGAUUACUGCUGCAUCUUACCUUGAGGGUAAGGCAGCCAAAUGGCUGGAUGGGAUAGUAGCGAAGGCCGGGCUCGGACGACGCAUGGCAGACUGGGGUAGGACCCUCACUUUAGAAGAGUUCUUAGAUAUGGUAGAAGCUCGUUGGCAUAAUUUGCAGCAGGCACAAAUUGCCACUGACGCGAUGUUGAGACUGGACCAGCGAAAGUACAAGUCAAUCAGAAAGCUAACGUCUACCGUAGAGAACCUCAUCGUCGUUCCCGGUAUACGCUACGAUGACCAGGUCUUAUUGACCAUGUUUCUGAGAUGUCUACCCGAGAAUCUCAUGACCUUACUGGCCAGCGAGGCUCGCCUCGAGUAUCAUUCCUUUGAGACCUUAUCUAGAAAGGCCUUAGAUUUGGAGGCUACUCUAGGAAGUGCUCAUCCUACUCCAAUAGACGGGAGGAAGAAGAAGAGUCCACAAGAAUGGAAGAAGAAGGGUAGUAGAUUGAUGAUGGUUGAGUCCGAUGGGACCCAAACUGAAAUCGAAGAACUUACCGACCUGAUGGACGGUUCAGAGUACGACGGCGAGGAAGUCGCUAAGGGUAGCACCCUCGCCGCAGUAGUAAAGACUAAGGCAGGUGGCCGAGUCUGUACCUUCUGCUAUGGAGGAGGGGAACUUAAUCACAAGAUUUCGUUCCUGGUUAGCGACGACUUACCAUUUGAUAUGUUGUUAGGAAUGUACUACCUUGAGGUUGCCAAGCCCCUGUUUGACUGGGACAAGAAGGUGCUAAAGCAUAAGUUGCCUGAUGGAAGGACCGUGAGAGUGGCUAAGUACAAGGCCAGUAGUUUAAUAGAAACCUAUGGCUGCUUGUGUGCAUCAGCGUUCUAUAAUUACUAUAAACAGAACCAAGAGGAGGGUAUGUACCUAGUGUAUGUCUCUGAGAAAGGGGAGGCCGUUAAAACACCCCCAGAGAUAGACCACGUCGUUGCUAAGUUCCCUGAUCUGUUCAAGGAGCCCACAGGAAUCGUAGAUAGGGAGAUUGUCCACGUAAUAGAAAUCAUUCCAGGGAGUAAAACUCCAAAGGGAAGGAUCUAUAGGAUGGCUCCGGCCGAGUUGGACGAAUUUCGGCGACAACUGAAAGAGCUGACAAAAAAGGGUUGUAUACGACCGAGUACUUCCCCCUUUGGAUCUCCAGUGUUAUUUGUACCGAAGAAGGGGGGAACCUUGAGCAUGUGCACUGAUUACAGAGGCCUCAAUGCCAUCACAGUGAAGAACGCAAAGCCUCUACCUCGCAUAGACGACCUAUCGGAUAGGGUGCAGGGAUGUAAGUACUACAGCAAGAUAGACUUAAAGUCCGACUACCAUCAGAUUGCUAUAAGACCUGAGGAUCAACACAAAACUGCAUUUCAGACCAGAUACGGUUUGUACGAGUUUGUGGUGAUGCCUUUUGGCCUUUGCAAUGCGCCGGGUACAUUCCAGCACACCAUGAAUAGGAUCUUCGAUGACUACUUAGAUAAGUUUGUCGUCGUGUACCUUGACAAUAUUCUCAUCUUUAGUAAGUCUUUCGAGGAGCAUGCACAACACGUAGAGACUGUACUAUCACUCCUGCGACAGCACAAGUAUAAGGUCAACCUAGAGAAAUGUGAGUUUGGACGCACUAGGAUCUUGUACUUGGGUCAUGAGGUAUCCGCGGAAGGAAUUAGGCCGGAAGAUGCGAAGGUGGCUAGUAUCAGGGAGUGGCCACGACCUCAGACUGUUACUGAGGUCAGAUCUUUCUUAGGGAUGUGCGGCUACUAUAGGAACUUUGUGAAGAACUAUUCCACUGUUGCCUCUCCUUUGACUGAUCUAACUCGACUUGACUCGCCAUGGGACUGGAGUGAUGAGUGCGAGGCUGCUUUCAAACGAUUGAAGCAUGCACUCAUGAAUCAUGAGCGGGACGGGCCGCGAACUCAAGCACCGCUUGGGUUGCUGAAGCCCUUACCUAUCCCCGCUUGUCCGGGACAGAGUGUUUCCAUGGAUUUCAUGGACACCCUGGUGACGAGUAGGAAUGGCAAGAGGCACAUCUUUGUCAUCAUAGACCGAUUCACCAAGUACGAUGGACUAAUUGCCAUGCCAAAGACCGCAAGGAUUGAACACGUCAUCAAGUUGUUUAUGGACAACUGGGUGCGUGAUUUUGGACUGCCAAAGUCAAUCGUUAGUGACAGAGAUGUCCGCUUCACAAGUGAGUUGUGGAAGAAGACUGCUGAGCAAUUGGGCAGUCAACUUCAUAUGACCUCCGGGAAUCAUCCCGAAGCCAACGGACAGGCCGAGCAGAUGAACAGAGUUGUACAACACCUGCUGAGGCAUUACAUCAAGCCCAGCCAGGAUGACUGGGAUGAGAAGUUGCCUCUCAUCGCCAGCCUGUACAACAACGCUGUACACAACAGUACCGGUGUCAGUCCUAAUCAGCUGCACUUGGGAUGGAAGCCUAGAUCAGCUCUGGACUUCCUCCUGCCUGAAAACCAACCCUCUGCAACUCCGGGCACACUUGAGUAUGGUGUGCAGUAUGAGAAGUUGCUACAGCAAGCUGUCGAGCACAUCAGGAAAUCUCAGCAAGCAAUGAUUGCUUCUGAGAACAAACAUCGUCGACAGUCCUCAUUUCAGGUAGGGGAAUGUGUCUGGGUCAAGGCUAGUGAGCUAGGACAGGAAUUCGGUAUCUCUCGAAAACUAAUGCCUCAGAAUUUUGGUCCCUGGGAAGUCCUGUACAUAGUUGGGGAUGAGAUGGAUGGUCCUUCCUAUGUUAUCCCACUUAGAGGAGCAGGAGUUAGCAAGCUGAGAAUGUUUUUGCCCAUGGCUGUUCUCUUCCUGUUUACAACAAGUGUACACUUCCUGCUUACGGAGGCUGUGGUUCCUCUAGCCAACCGCAGAGCUUCUCAGAUGAUGCGCAACAUGACAGUUGCCACUGUCCAGAAAAGAGGGUCGGCGAAGGGAACUGGAAAGGCAAAUCAAGGCCAGUCACGCCGAAUGCAACCUGUGGUUUAUCCGGAGUUCAGAUCAGCGUACUUAACUCGAGUUGAUGAUGGUUCAAGUCAAGCUGGUCUCAGAAGCAUUUUUUAUGCCAAGGACUUUGAUGGGGCCAUGAUGCACGGAAUCGGUCUGGUGGAAAUGAAGGUCUACCAAUCCAUGCGGCCAUCGCAAAGCAUUCCAAGCACGGCAUGCGGGGACUGUCGAGAUUCCUUGUUUGGAACUGAAGCAGCUGCCUUGGCUACAAGGCUGCCUCCUAGCAGCAAAAUGGGCAAUUCUGCCGAGGAGGAGGACCUAGUGGACAAGGAUAUUGUGGAUAAGCACUUUACUCAUAAGACCUCAGCAUCAUCCAGGGGAGAGGUACAUUUGCCAUAUCGGAUUAUCACAGCAAAGGAGGGAAGGUGGGAUGAAGAGAGAGGCGAAUGGGUAUUCUUCUCUGGAGCGGAGUAUCAUCUGGGACCAGAUGGGACAGACAUACGAAGCCAUGAAGUCCAUGUGGAUGAUGACCGAAGCGAGGAUCUUUGUGCUGAUCGUGAACAGCAGUUCCUUCAGCAGCAUCGUCGGCAAGAGCACGGGUCAUCAGCUGAGGCUGCAUCAAAGCAAGGAACAGGUGGUGCUGAGAAAGGGUCGAAGCGAGUAAUGGGUCCCGCCGAGAAAGGAAUGGGUGCUGCUGAACAAGGGAUUGGUCCCGCUGAGAAAGGAACGGGUCCCACUGAGAAAGGAAUGGGUCCUGCUGAGAAAGGACUGGUUCCCUUCGCAAGGAGAACUUAUGGGAUCAAGAGUCUGCAAAGAUUUGAUCGCAAAAUUGUGACUGGACUUGGACGGAUGCCUUUGAGUCUUGCGGAAGUUCAACGAGGAGGGGAUUUUGACAGUAUGACUCUUAAAGAGAUACUAAACUGGAAGCGAUUGCUAGAAAAAGCCUGUGAUGUCAAGGGAAGUCGAAGAAUUCAGGUGAAGAUGCAUCAAAGACUGGCUCUACCUUUCGCUUGCUUUAUCUUUGGCAUUUUGGGGUCAUUGAUCAGCCUCCUGAUUCCUAGUGAUCAACAGAAGGUUGGCCUUAUCUGCACACUGGCAUUAGUGUUUGGGUACUACAUCCUUUCUGUGGCAGGCUCCCUCGUCAGUCAGGAGGCAAAUGAUCAAACCGUUGUCGGGCUACCGCGCUUUCUUUAGCGCUUGACGAGGCUGGCCUGGCAAACGGCUGGAACAUGUUCAGAGGCUACAUCACCAGCCGUAGCGUAUUUACUCUAGAAUACUGGGUGCGCUGCGCUUGAUAAAUAUUUAUUAUUUUUCAACUACCGGUCACGCUCGGGAUUAUCUUCAUGCUGGUGGAGUCUUCAGGCAGUUCGACUUCAACUUGUGUUUAUCGGACUUUAUUGUUGCAUACUCGUCAAACACAGUCAUAAGUAUGGCGCAGAUUCCCAGAACCGACCAGAUAAUACAGAGUAAAUACCAAUACAGCGG